AUGGGCGAAGCAGCAGUACCGCCUGAGCUAGACACCGAUCCAGCAGCAGCAAAGAUGGCUCAGACAAACCCUCUGCCUGUUCCCAUGGGCCCGUGGAAGAUCACCGUGUACGACCAAGAAAACUUCCAGGGCAAGAGGAUGGAGUUCACUUCGGCCUGUCCAAACAUCAUGGAAUGUGGCUUCGACAACAUCCGCUCCCUGAAGGUGGAAUGUGGCGCCUGGGUCGGUUAUGAGCACACCGGCUUCUGCGGGCAGCAGUUCAUCCUGGAGAGGGGAGAGUACCCGCGCUGGGACGCCUGGAGCGGCAGCAACGCCUACCACAUCGAGCGCCUGAUGUCCUUCCGCCCCGUCUGCUCUGCUAAUCACAAGGAAUCCAAGAUCACCAUUUUUGAGAAAGACAACUUCAUCGGCCGCCAGUGGGAGAUUGCUGAUGACUACCCCUCGCUGCAGGCCAUGGGCUGGGCCAACAACGAAGUGGGCUCCAUGAAGAUCCAGUGUGGCGCCUGGGUGUGCUACCAGUAUCCCGGGUACCGUGGCUACCAGUACGUCCUGGAGUUUGACCACCACGGUGGAGACUACAAGCACUGGAGAGAGUGGGGUUCACACGCCCAGACCUCCCAGAUCCAAUCCAUCAGGCGUGUCCAGCAGUAGCUCCCCAUUCCCAGUACAUCUCUGCAAGGUUUCGAAAGCUCACCGGCUCCCUCUUGGUGCUAAUACUCCCCUCCCGAAAUAACCACCCCCUCUCGUACUGCCACUGCUUAUGGAACAACACUCCCAAAACGGUAUCGACUGCCACAGUUGCCAAUAAAUGUGACUGAGAGAAAAAGAUAAAUCAGUUUGGUGUGUGUUUCCUGGUGUGUGUUUGGGACUGAGGUUGCACAUCCCCAUCACAGGAGCAGGUCCAGACUCUUUCCUACUUGUUUUAAGCUGGGCUGAAGUGAG